AUGCCGUAUAAGGCGCCAUGCAAAGCGGGUGUGGUGCCAUGCGGCGCGCACCGCGAGGGCAACGCUCGCGCAGCAGUCGCCGGGCUCCGUCGUCGGCCUCGUGCCACGGCCGGCCGCCGCGCAGCGACCGCCCACGUUGCAGUUGCGCCGGCGCCCGCUUCCCCCAAGGCGCGCGCGCUAUCUGCCGCCGCCAAGGCUGACCUCGCCGCGGCUCUGGUGGCCGAUUGCGGCCUGGCCCCCGACGCCGCGGCGCGCGUUGCCGCCGCCACGGAUCGCUACAGCGGCGUCAGCGGCAGCGCGGCCUUGCUCGCCCGGAAAGUGGCGGUGCUGCAGCGCGACCUGGGGCGCGCCGAGACGGACCGCGCACUGCGCGUGUUCCCACAGCUGCUGUGCUGCAAGGUGGAGCAGCUCGCCUCGCGCCUGGAGAUGUGGGACGAUGCGUUCCCCGCCGCGCCACCGGGGCAGCUGCGCCGCCGCCUGCUGGCGCAGCCGCAGCUGCUGGCCGUGUCGGUGGAGUCCACAGUCCCGGGGCUCUACGAAAUCGCGGUGCUCGCGGGCGUGCAGCGCGGCGGCUGGGCGGCGUGGGCCUACAAGGCGCUGCCGCUCGCGCUGACGCGCCCGGCCGUCGUCGAGGCGCGGCUGCGGCGGGCGCUGGGGCUGCUGAACGGCGGCCCCGGCGCGGCGCGCGCGGCGCUGGCAGCGGCGGGGGCGGCGGGCGCGGAUGGCCCCGAAAAUGCAGAGGAGGAGGAGCUGCAGGCUGGACUGCCCGCCUCUGAAACUAGCAGCGGCAGCGGCGGCGCCGGCGGCGCAGCGGGGGCCACGUUCACGAUGGUGGAUGUCCAGAAGGCGGCGGAGCGCGACCACCGGUGGCUGAUGCUGCGCGAGACGCUCGUCAUCGAGCGCCUGGAAGCGCUGCAGGCGGCACUGGGGGUGGGCGGUUGUCUGUGGGGCGCGCGCGCGCGCGUCCCUUGGCACUCUGCGUGCCGAGCCUUCCUGCGCCAGCCCUCCCUGCUCAACCGCCGCCCAGAGCUGGUCGCCGCGCGCGCGGCGGCGCUGCGGUCGCUCCAGGGGCUGGGGGGCGAGCGCGCCACGCGGGCGCUGCUGUCGAUGCCGGCGCUGCUCAACCUGGACCCGGCCGUCUUGGGCGGGCGGUGGCGGGCGUUGCAGGAGGCGGCCGACUCCCACCCACCGUGGCGCGCGCAGCUGGACGCCGCUGCGCCUGCGACGGUGGCGUCUCUCCUCAUCCGUUCGCAGGCCCGACUGGAUCGGCUGCUGUUCCUCCGCAGCUCUGGCCUGCAGGGAUCGGCGGGCUCCCUCAAGACGCUGAUUGAUUCCCGCGAAGCCGCGUUUGAGGCAAAAUUUGGGGCGUACGAUUCGUGGCGGCGCGCCCGGGCCACUGUGUGCGGCGAUGGCGGCGCCGCCGGCGGAGGGGCUGGCAUGGCGGGAGACGGGGAGAGGGAGGACGCUGGCUAA